AUGAGCGAUCCGGCGGUACUAAAUCCCGGUAGUUCAUUCGACCCCAACGUCGACGCUUCGUUUCUAUCAACGGGUAAAGAUUCUUAUGGCAGUUUCCCAUCAGGCUUAUCGCAAAUACAAGAUAAUCAUGCUCCACCAUCCAGUCGGCUUGCCCGUCUAGAACAAAUCCACCAGAAUUGGAAGGCGCAAGUAACGACGACUCCCAAAUCAAGCGCUGCUAGUAGACAGCGGGGUGCAAAAGAUUGGUAUGAUGGGGAAGAGGAAGAGUGUGAAGAUGUCGACACGGCGUUCAUCGAAGAUACGCAAGAGGCAAGAUCGGCGCUGCACAGUCAGAUGCCGGAUAGUUUUGAGAUGACCGACGAGAACACUUCGGAAGACGAUACAGACGAAAGACAUGUUGAAUCUGAUGGAUAUGCUGGCAUUUUUACGCAAGAAGUUCCUUUGGACGGCGAUGAGCCAACUGAACAGAUGACUGCUAUUACGACAGAAGAACCGCUGCAAAGUGGACCUGAGAGCAGCUCUCCGAUAUCUUGGGAAGAUUCAGACGAAGCCGAAUUGGUCGCUGAGAAUGCUGCGCAAGAAGAUCCUCCGUCGUCCGAUGCACCAGCAGAGCCCAUACCUGUUGCUAUAGCAGAAGAGACUGUUCCGCCUCGACCUACGCCCUUGCUAAAGGAACCCGCUACAGUCGUGGGUCGUCGUAAGAGUGCGCGCCUACAGGGAAGUAAAACAGCAGAGGUCACGUCGCUUGGCAACCCAAAAGCCCGUCCAGAGUUGGAGUUCGAUAGCCUACUCACAAGAGUAAAACGAAGAAGCUCGCGCCUGAACGGCGCGUCAAAGCUAGCGGCCCCCUUCAAAGUACCCACUACAGUUGCGAGUCGCCGUAAGAGCACACGUCUGGAAGAAGCUGGCGCAGCAGCAGCAGCAGCAAUCAAAACGCAUAUUCCCCCAACUCCACCUCCCGCCCCUACCUCUACCAUUGCAAGACAACAGGAAGCCCUGCGCUUAGACGAAGCGCCAAAGCCAGCAGUCUCAACACCACAACACGAGAUCGAAAGCCUACACGAAGCCGACUGUGACUCCGAUGCCUCCAUCGACUUCUCUACACUCCCACACAGCGUCCUCGCGCCCGAACCCAAGAUCGGCAUCACCACCCCUCUAACCUGGCCCUCACAAAUAACACCUUACCUCGCCUCCCUCAAAACCCAGCAUCCUAGCAACCUUUUCCAACCUCGCAAAAAACUGCACGCCCCGGCACCUGAUACGCGCGGCUGGUGGUCCGUCGACUGUUCGCAAUGGCCCGCAACGAGGCAAAAACACUUUUGGGACGCAAUUUGUGAACGGCUGGGGGAUGGUAGACUGGGUUGGGCUACGAGCUUGCAUCGCGAGGUUGGUGCGAAGCAUGGUGCUGUGGGGAAUUUGGGUGAGAACGCGAUCAUGUCUUCGCAACCGCAACCGCAAUCGCACAACGAAUCGCACAGGGUCGCCAGCUCCGACGCAGGCACCGACGACCGCACUCUCUACGACCACACCUCCGACGACGAAGCAUACGACGGCCGGCCGUCCGGCGACCUUGACGAGCGCGACCGCGAUAUCUUGGACUCGGAGGAUGAGCGCGAGAGGCUUCUUACGCGCGAAGAUGGUGGGAAGGGUAUCCUAGGGCGUAAAGGCUCCGGGGUCAAGGUCGGCAAAUGGGACAAGAAGAGUGAGACCAAGGGGCGCAGGAAAAGCGGCAAUGAAGAAGCGAGUGCGCUCAUGUACGAAAUGGAAGAGGGUAUUGGCGCAUCGAGUACCAGUUUCCGGUCAAGGAGGAGUUCCCAGAGCGAUGAACAGCGAUUACUUGCGAGCGAGCUGCAGAGAAAGACACGCAGGAAAAGCCUAUACCGACGCAUGGCCAUCUACGUAUCCAUCAUCGUUCUCUUCGUCGUCCUCCUUGCAGCUACGUACAAUCUCUCCACCCCAAAAGACGUCAAGGGCGCAGUAACCCUGAUAUCAAACGGCACCUCGCUCUUCGCUCCGACCACGAUUCUCAUUUCCCUCGACGGCUUCCGCGCCGACUUUCUGUUCAGAAAUCUGACACCCACGCUGAACCAAUUCGUCCAAGAAGGCAUCUCGCCAAAGUACAUGAUGCCCAGCUUCCCCAGCGUCACAUUCCCAAACCACUACACAAUGGCCACGGGCAUGUACCCCGAAGCACACGGCGUGGUAGGAAACACAUUCUGGGACCCUGAACUACAGCAAGAGUUCUACUACACAGACCCAGACCGCAGCCUGCAAGCGCACUGGUGGGGUGGCGAACCCCUCUGGGUGACGGCCGAGAAACAAGGUGUACGGACGGCGGUGCACAUGUGGCCCGGUUCCGAAGCCAAGAUCCUGCAUCAGGAGAUUGCUUACGUUGACAAGUACAACGGCUCCGAAGUGCUUGCUAGCAAGGUCGACCGCAUCAUGUCGCUCCUCGACACCCCUGGCCCCAGAGACGUGGGCGCCAAAGCAAAUGCGCCCAGGCCCCAGCUCAUCGCAGCGUACGUCCCCGACGUCGACGGCGACGGUCACCGCUACGGCCCCAACAGCACCGAGAUCCGCAAAACGAUUGCAAGCGCCGAUGCCAUGGUGGGAGGUAUCCUGUCUGGUCUGCAAGCACGCAACCUGACCAACAUUGUAAACGUCAUCGUCGUGAGCGACCACGGCAUGGCUACCACGGACGUGACGAGAUUGAUUCAACUGGAAGACUUGGUCGAUCCAAAGGAACUCGAACAUACGGAUGGCUGGCCGCUCUACGGUUUACGCCCUAGAGAUCCGGAUUCUCUACACCGGCUUUACAACCAGAUCAAACAACGCACAAAGGAGAAUCCUAACGUGGACGUUUACUUGCGAGACGAGGAUAUGCCGGAGCGGUACCACUUUAGUCGCAACAAGCGGAUCGCGCCUCUCUGGAUCGUGCCCAAAACCGGUUGGGCGAUUGUCACAAGGGACGAAUUCGACGUCGAAGCGGGCAAGAAGAAGGGCCAAGUAUACCAUCCGAGGGGUCUGCACGGAUAUGAUUUUGAACACCCGUUGAUGAGAGCCGUGUUUAUUGCUCGGGGGCCGGCUUUCCCGCACAUGCCCGGCAGCAGAAUGCAACCGUUUCAGAAUAUCGAACUGUACAAUAUCGUUUGCGAUACGCUGGGUCUCACGCCCGCCCCGAAUAAUGGGACGUUGCGCCUGCCGUUGAAACCAGUUGGGUUGCACGACGACGACGAGGAUGCGCCCGGGAAUGAGAAUCACACGCCCGAGGACCCCGUUCCUGCUUACACUAUUCCUUCUUCGUCUUCGUCGACAGAUCUCGCGUCCAUGGAUUUGAACUCCUUAUCCUCCAUCGCAGCAUCCGCGUCCGGAAUGGAAGAUACCUCUCCUUCGCUUCACGACCCAGUAGUACCGGCCCGGCCCACUCCGGCGGAUGGAAGUAAAGACGAACUCAAGAAUAAGGAAGGCGACAAGGAAGCGAGCGAGGGGGCGGAGAAGGAAAAGGAGAGUUGGUGGGAGUGGUUGACGCAUAAAGCUGAUGGGGUCAAGGAUUGGGUGGAUGGCUUCGUUCAUGAUCAUGUUCCAGGGGGGAAGGAGGAGGGGCAGGGGAAGAAGGGUGGGUGA